AAAGAGAGCAGCAGAUAAGUGAGAACAAUCACAAAACAUGAGCUGAAAAAUGCUCAUCCCGUUUUUCCAGCAGGCAGCAGCAGAAAACAUCCCUUUCCCGGAGAUUGAACCGUUGGAUCGUCGUGAUUUUUGGACAGCAGCUUCACAGCAUCUGAGCCAACAUUCUGGACGGUGGAGAUCGGGUUUUGAGGUCCGGAGGUCGGGUUUCGUUGGUCUGGACAGUAGCUAUUUUUCUGGUGAUAUUUAUCUUAUCUUGGCUCUAUUUGAUUCCAUACACCUUGAUGUGCUUACUUCCAAGGAUAUGAUGAAUGUGUAUGCCUCUAGUAUUAUCUAGAGAAGACUUUGUACUGCUCCUUUGAUGAUGAUAGUGGAUUUAAGCGGCCAAAAAUGGUCCCGUGGUUUUUCCCUAGUUAACGGGUUUUCCACGCUAAAAUUCCGGUGUUUGUGUGUGGUGUGUGCUUACUGUUUUUAGCUGAAUAUAUUGGUGUGUGGCAGCAACUUGUGUGUGUUCUAAUUGCAUUAAGAACACCCUAUUUGUUUGCAUCCUCAAAGAUUCAUUCAAGUUGGGGAAAGUUUAGCCAAACGGAGAUUAAUUCCGCAUUUUAUUAGUUCCGUUUGUGGCUGUUUUUCCCAUCAAAUUGGUAUCAGAGCCGAGUUCUUCUGUAUUGGGUUAGACUUGUUUGAAUGAUGGAAGCAAACACAAGUAGGAUGAUCAAUUUGAAUGGUUCUAAUUAUCAUGUUUGGAAAGGCAAAAUGGAAGACCUACUUUAUGUGAAGGAUUAUUAUUUGCCUGUGUUUACUACUGAUAAACCUGAGAGUAAAACAGAUGCAGAGUGGAAUAUUUUGCAUAGACAGGUUUGUGGGUAUAUUCGCCAAUGGGUUGAUGAUAAUGUUUUGAACCAUAUUAGUGGGGAAACUCAUGCUCGCAGUUUGUGGAACAAGCUUGAACAGUUGUAUGCUCGAAAGACCGGGAACAAUAAAUUGUUCUUAAUUAAACAGAUGAUGAGCUUGAAAUACCAUGAUGGAACUCCUGUCACUGAUCAUUUGAAUUCUUUUCAGGGAAUCAUAAAUCAACUUGCAGGAAUGGGUAUCAAGUUUGAAGAUGAGAUACAAGGCUUGUGGCUCCUUGGCACUUUACCGGACUCAUGGGAGACUUUUAGGACAUCAUUGUCCAACUCUGCACCAGAUGGUAUUAUCACCAUGGAAUUAGCUAAAGGCAGUGUUUUAAAUGAAGAGAUGAGAAGAAAGUCACAAGGUUCCUCUUCACAUUCUGAUGUCUUAGUUACAGAAAGCAGGGGGAGAAGUCAAAGUAGAGGUCCAGGUAACAAAGGGAAGCAUCGAAGUAAAUCCAAAGGAAAGUUUGCUGAUUUUGAGUGCUAUCAUUGUGGUAGAAAAGGGCACACAAUACGAUUCUGCAGGCAAUUGAAAAAGGAGAAGAAGAAGAGCGAUUACAACAAUCAAAAGAACCAUAAGAAAGAUGAGGGUGGUAAUGGCAAUGCUGAAGUUAACAGUGCUACCGAUGAGUUCCUUAUUUGUUCUGAUCUUGAUAUGGUCAACAUUGCACAUGAUGAUUCCAGUUGGGUUGUUGAUAGUGGUGCUACUUGUCAUGUAACAUCACAGAGGGAUUUUUAUUCAUCUUACACUCCAGGUAACUUUGGUAAUGUUAGGAUGGGUAAUAAUGGACUAUCAAAGAUUGCAGGCAUCGGAGAUAUUUGUUUGAAGUUUGACACUGGGAUAGAGUUGGUUUUACAUAAUGUAAAACAUGUUCCAGAUAUGAGACUUAAUUUGAUCUCCGCAGGCUUACUUGAUGAUGAUGGUUACAGCAACAACUUUGGUAAUGGAAUAUGGAAACUCACUCGUGGUUCUUUGAUCGUGGCUAGAGGUAAAAGAUGCUCAAAGUUGUACAUGACACAUCCGAAGAUCUUCAAGGAUAGGGUCAAUGCUGUGGUGAACACUGACAUGACUGAUUUAUGGCAUAAGAGACUUGGUCACAUGAGUGAAAAGGGGAUGUCUCUUUUGUUGAAGAGAAAUGUGUUACCGGGUGUGCAUGAUAUUCAUCUAAAGAAGUGUUCUCACUGUUUGGCAGGUAAACAGAACAGGGUUUCCUUUAAGAGCCAUCCUCCUUCCAGGAAGGAGAGUAUACUUGAUUUGGUGCAUUCUGAUGUUUGUGGUCCUAUGAAGACUAGGACACUUGGUGGUUGCUCCUACUUUGUCACAUUCAUUGAUGAUCACUCCAUAAAGGUAUGGGUUUAUACCUUGAAAUCUAAAGAUCAAGUAUUUGAGGUGUUUAAGCAGUUUCAUGCCUCGGUUGAGAGACAGACUGGAAAGAAGCUCAAGUGUAUUCGGACAGAUAAUGGAGGGGAAUACAUUGGCCCCUUUGAUGCUUAUUGUAGAGACCAUGGUAUUCGACAUCAAAAGAGUCCUCCCAAGACACCGCAGUUGAAUGGAUUAGCAGAGCGGAUGAACAGAACUUUGAUGGAGCGUGUCAGAUGUUUGUUGUCACAUGCAGGGCUGCCAAAUUCAUUCUGGGGAGAAGCUUUGAAUACAGCGGUACAUGUUAUUAAUCUAACUCCUUGUGUUCCUUUGUCUUUUGAUGUACCUGACAGGGUUUGGAGUGGCAAAGAUGUUUCUUACCGUCAUUUAAGGGUCUUUGGAUGCAAAGCUUUUGUGCACAUUCCUAAAGAUGAAAGAUCAAAGCUUGAUGUGAAGUCCAAACCAUGUGUUUUCCUGGGUUAUGGCCAAGAUGAGUUUGGUUACAGAUUAUAUGAUCCAGUCCACAAGAAACUUAUUCGAAGUCGAGAUGUUGUGUUUGUGGAAGAUCAGAACUUGAAAGAUGUUGAGAAGAAAGAUACAGUUCCUCAACACAAUGAUGAUGUUACUGAUUUGGAUCCAGUGCCUCCUCAGCAUGUAGAACCACCUCUUGAUAAUGAUGUUCAGAAUGAUGAACAACAUGAUACUGAUACUCCAGAACAGCCAGAGGUGGAUGAAGAAUUUCAUUCAGAGAUACCAGUACCAGACGUGCCACCAUUUAUCCCACUUAGGCGGUCUACAAGAGAUCGUCAUCCUUCCACCCGUUUUUCAGCUAAUGAGUAUGUCUUACUCACUGAUGGGGGAGAGCCUGAGUGUUAUGCAGAGGCCAUGGAAGAUGAGCACAAAAGGGAGUGGGUUGAAGCCAUGCAAGAUGAGAUGAAUUCCUUACAUGAAAAUAAUACAUUUGAGUUGGUGAAGUUGCCUAAAGGCAAGAGAGCUUUGAAGAACAAGUGGGUCUACAAAGUGAAGACUGAAGAGCACACCUCACAACCUAGGUACAAGGCUAGAUUGGUGGUCAAAGGGUUCAGUCAGAGAAAGGGUAUUGAUUUUGAUGAGAUUUUCUCUCCGGUCGUGAAGAUGGGAUCUAUUCGUGUUGUUCUGGGUUUGGCAGCCAGCCUUGAUCUUGAGGUUGAACAGAUGGAUGUCAAAACAGCUUUCCUUCACGGUGACUUGGAUAAAGAAAUCUACAUGGAGCAACCUGAAGGGUUUCAGGUUAAGGGAAAAGAAGGUUAUGUGUGUAGACUUCAAAAGAGUCUUUAUGGGUUGAAGCAAGCACCAAGACAGUGGUACAAGAAGUUUGAGUCAGUUAUGGGGGAGCAAAAUUACCGAAAGACUACUUCAGACCAUUGUGUUUUCUUCCAGAGGUUUGAUGAUGAUGAUUUCAUCAUUUUAUUGUUAUAUGUUGAUGACAUGUUAAUUGUUGGCAAGAAUGCAGAAAGAAUUACUCAGCUGAAGAUGCAAUUGAGCAAGUCUUUUGCUAUGAAAGACUUGGGGCCAGCAAAACAGAUUCUUGGCAUUCGGAUCACUCGAGAUAGAGCUUUGAAGAAGCUACACAUGUCACAGGAGCAAUACAUUGAGAAGGUGCUUCGCAGAUUCAACAUGGACAAAGCUAAAGAGGUUAGUUCACCUCUUACUACCAACUUCAGGUUGACAGAUAAAGAUUGUCCAUCUUCUGAGAAGAAGAUUGAAGAGAUGGAUAAAGUUCCUUAUGCCUCAGCUGUAGGGAGCUUGAUGUAUGCUAUGGUGUGCACACGACCUGAUAUUGCCCAUGCAGUAGGUGUUGUUAGUCGGUUUCUGUCAAAUCCAGGUAAGAAGCAUUGGGAAGCAGUGAAGUGGAUUCUCAGAUAUCUACGUGGUACUUCCAAAUUGGGUAUAACAUUUGGAAAUGAGGAGCCAGUACUUGUUGGUUAUACUGAUUCUGAUAUGGCAGGAAAUAAGGACAACAUGAAAUCCACUUCUGGAUAUUUGAUGACUUUUGCAGGGGGAGCUGUGUCAUGGCAAUCGAGACUGCAAAAGUGUGUGGUUUUAUCCACCACCGAGGCUGAGUAUGUGGCUGCAACAGAAGCAUGCAAGGAGCUAUUGUGGCUCAAAAGAUUUAUGCAAGAGAUUGGCUUUAUGCAACAACGUUAUGUGGUUCUUUGUGAUAAUCAAAGUACCAUUCACCUUGCUAAAAAUUCUAUGUUUCACAAACGAACCAAACAUAUUGAUGUGAGGUAUCAUUGGAUUAGAGAUGCACUUGAAGACAAACUGUUUGAACUUGAUAAAGUUCAUACCGAUGAUAAUGGUGCUGAUAUGUUGACGAAGGUUCUAGCAAGGGAAAAGUUGAAGGUAUGUUGCUCCAUCGCCGGUAUGGCGAACUCUUCCUCAUAAGUCAAAAAGGGGGAGAUUUGUUGGGUUUUUCUUUGUUUUUGACCCAUGAGGAAAGCCCAAGUAUUGAGCCCAUUAAAAGUCUUCUUUGACUUUGUGUGUUUGGGAGCUAAUAAUAAAAUAUGGGUCAGCCACUAUCUUACAUUUUUGAUGGACAGAAAGAGAGCAGCAGAUAAGUGAGAACAAUCACAAAACAUGAGCUGAAAAAUGCUCAUCCCGUUUUUCCAGCAGGCAACAGCAGAAAACAUCCCUUUCCCGGAGAUUGAACCGUUGGAUCGUCGUGAUUUUUGGACAGCAGCUUCACAGCAUCUGAGCCAACAUUCUGGACGGUGGAGAUCGGGUUUUGAGGUCCGGAGGUCGGGUUUCGUUGGUCUGGACAGUAGCUAUUUUUCUGGUGAUAUUUAUCUUAUCUUGGCUCUAUUUGAUUCCAUACAACUUGAUGUGCUUACUUCCAAGGAUAUGAUGAAUGUGUAUGCCUCUAGUAUUAUCUAGAGAACACUUUGUACUGCUCCUUUGAUGAUGAUAGUGGAUUUAAGCGGCCAAAAAUGGUCCCGUGGUUUUUCCCUAGUUAACGGGUUUUCCACGCUAAAAUUCCGGUGUUUGUGUGUGGUGUGUGCUUACUGUUUUUAGCUGAAUAUAUUGGUGUGUGGCAGCAACUUGUGUGUGUUCUAAUUGCAUUAAGAACACCCUAUUUGUUUGCAUCCUCAAAGAUUCAUUCAAGUUGGGGAAAGUUUAGCCAAACGGAGAUUAAUUCCGCAUUUUAUUAGUUCCGUUUGUGGCUGUUUUUCCCAUCAGCAGAGAGGAAGGAGGAGGAGGACAUGUAUUGGGAGGUGUCAAUGGCAAUGGGUUCUCAAAGAUCGAAUCCGCCGCUUCACAAUUUCACGCUUCCCUUGAAGUGGGGAAAACAGAAGCUCUUGCGGUGCGGGAAGCCUGAUUCUAUGGGCCAAUUCCCCGCCGUUCACCGGAGAUUUCAUACUCUGUCGCCGGAGAUGUCGCUUGGGCAGCAGAGUGGGUCGGAAAGCGAUUCUGGGUUGCCGCGUGUCGGAUUAGAUGAGGCGUUUCUGGGGGUGGGUGUUUUAAAAAAUGGGCCGACGAAUGGUGGCCGGGAAUUACCGGCUGAAGUAGCUGAAGGGCGGCUGGAGGAGGAAGAUUCCGAGGAACGGCCGCCGCCGGCUCCGACGACUGUCACGAACACUAUUUCGCCAGUGGGUCCAUCUGAACCCGCGAGGCCGUGGAACUUGCGCACUCGCCGGCCGGGGAGUAAGCAGCCGAACGGGUCCACCGCCGCUUCGGGCUAAUCGAAUUCGGGUUUUAUGAUCGACAUUACGAUGCCGCCAUUGAUGACCGAAGACAAAUCUCCGAGAGUCCGGUGUAGCUCUGCCACCGCUUCCGUCCCCGCCGCCGCAGCAAGAGUAUUUCCCGUCAGAGAGAAUGGGGAGAGGGUAAAGUUCGCCGUUGCCCUGUCCCGGCAAGAGAUCGAGGAAGAUUUCGCAGCGAUAAUCCGUCACAGACCAUCUCGCCGCCCCAAGAAACGAGCUAAAAAUAUUCAGAGAAAUCUAGAUAGCCUAUUUCCUGGAUUGUGGCUGACUGAAAUUAGUGCUGACAUGUACAAAGUUGCUGAUAAUAAGUAGAAACAACGGAGUUUUAUCUUCAAAAGUUUGCUCAGUCUAUCUUUCUCCGGCCAACUGAGAACAUGAAGAUUUCUCCGGUGGUUGGGUCACUUUUGGUGUUAGAAGAUGCAGAUUCUAGUUUAUUUCAUUCAUUUAAGCAGAUUCUAUUUUAUUUCAUUCAUUAGCAUAGGAUAAAAUUGAUUUCUUUUUCAUUUCUGUUGAUGAUGGGUGUGUUGUUUAGCUUGAAGACAAUUCUUCAGAUCACAAUCCAAUUCAAAUUUGCAUUUCCCAAUUGUAUACGUUUAAAUCUUUUUAUUUUUG